UAAAUUCAAAAAUUAAAAUGUCUGUCAGAGCAUUGUAUUAAUCAUAAUAAGAUGUUGGUAGAAAUAUUAAAAGGUAAUGAAUAUCGCAUAUAGAUUAGCUCAAAAAAAAAGUACACUUGGAAGUUUAGUAUUGAUGAUAAGGAUCACACUAUUGAACUAUUUGUAUCAGGAUUGUCAGGUAAAAAAAAAGUAGUCCAUAAUGGGAAAACUUUGAGAGAAGAAUCAUCGUAUUAUGAUUUUUAUUAUCUAUAUUUUAGGGUUUUAGGAAGUUUUAAUUAUUCCAUGACCAUUUAAAGUAGUUUAUUAACAAUCUCUAAUAAUGGAGAUUUAUAUGACUUAAGGAUAAAUAACAUGUAAUUUAGUCAUCUUUAUCACAAUGGUAAUUUAUAAUUUUGAGACUAGAAAAAACAAAAAAAGAAUUUUAAUUCGAGGGUGGAUAUAAUGAUGGAAAUAAUUAAGAAGAUUAUUACUCUAAAUUGCCAAAGCCUUCUAAAUAAAACAAACCAUUAUACAAAGAAGAAGAUUAAGGAUAUGAUUUUGGAUUAGUAGAUGAUAUUGAAAGGAUGGCUCCAAAGAAAGGAUUGUAAGAAGAAAAUGAGUUCAAUACUCAUUCUAAUUAUUAAAAAAAUUUGAACAUUCAAUAUAAACCAAAAGAUGAUCUUUAUUCUAAAAUUAAUGAACCAAAACCUUAAUAAAGACAAACAUAAUCAUAUUCUUCAAAACCAUAGUAACCAUAAGCAUCAUUUAAUUAAUAAUAAAUUAAAAAUGAUUUUGCAGAUUUUGGGAAUUUUCCAAAACCUUAAGCUCCAACUACUAAUGAUAAUGUUUUUGGCAAUUUUGGUUUUGGAUUUAAUGAACCCAAAUAAUAACAACCUAACCCAUAAUAAUAAUAAUCUUAAAAUUAAUUUUAACAAGACUUCAAGCCAAACCCUUUUGCAGAUUUUUCACAACCAAAUCAAUAAUUUUUCUAAGCACCCUUCCAAUAACAACCAUAAUAAUAAUAAUAAUAAUAAUAAUAAUAAUAAUAAUAAUAAUUUUAAUAAUAAUAAUAAUAAUAAUAAUUUUAAUAAUAAUAAUAAUAAUAGGUGAUUGAAUAACCAAAACCUAGACCUCCUCCUUAGACUAAUUUAUUAGAUUUUGGAGAUGAUCCUGUACCUCCAUAGUAGUAAUAAUAAUAAUCAGUACUUGUUUAAUAAUUAAAUCAAUAAUAAUAACCUAAAUAUCAAUAACAAUAAUAAUAAUAAUAAAUUUAAUAAUAACCUUUAUAUUCAAUAAACUAAGCACCUUAAUAAAACUUCUAAUAUGCUUAAGCACCUUUACAAUAAUAAUAACAGUAAAAAGUUCUACCCUAAGAUUUAUUGGAUGCUUUUGAUGAUCCUGAGCCAGUUGUAUCAUAAUAAAAUGCACAAUAAUAAACAUAAUUCAACAUAACUUCUUUGUAUUAAUAAUAAUAAGUAAAUUUUAAAUAUAUUUUAGUCAAAUAUUCCAAUUUAAUCAUCUAUCACAACAUCAUCCCCACCACAAUAAUAAUAAUUUGUAAUUAUAUCUUAUCAAUAAUUAGAAAUAAAAUAUACCCAAUUAAUAUCAGCCCUAACCUUUCAAUUAAAUGCCAUAACAAUAAUACCAGACUCCUUAAGUUUCAAUUACCUAGUUAUAUAAUCAACCGUAAACAUAAGUAAACAUGAAUGUACCAGUUUAAAUAAAUGUAAAAACUUAAUCAACUCCGUUUGAUGAUGUAUUUUGAAAUAAUUAUACAGAAAAAUGGCA